AAACGACAUUGUUUUAAAUUACAGGAUCUUAUUUCUAAGGCUUUCUUUCGAAUUAUGGACAAAGAAAGAAAACAUUUAGGUUGUUUUUAUGCAGUAAUUUUGUUAUGAAAUAUCUCUAAGAAGUAAAAAUAUGUAAUGUGAUGACUGGCUAUUGACGUUAUUAAAUAAAUUUUUCACGUUUCAAAACUCUAAUGGCAGAUGUUGAGUCAAUUUCUUCUUCUGUUGUAAGAGAAUAUCUCAGUCGAAAAGGUUUAAAGAAAACAUUGGAGAUGUUAGACGUAGAGAUGCCACGAACCAAAUCUUGCAUAAGCAAUAGAGCUCUUCUUGCAAAGGUGUUGCACAUCAACAGUUUGAUGAAGCAAAACAAAGAAAGUGAGCAGAGUUUUCGUGCAAUGCUUGAGGUUAUAGUGCAAUUCAUGAUGAGCAAAGUGUGGCAGGAAAAAACUACAAUGAAAGAUUUAACAUCCAAAGUUGAUGGAGAAAAAUCAAAAGUCCAUACUAAAUCUUUGACUCGGACCAAUAGUUUGAAAAAUUUGAAGCCGCAAUCACAUGAGCAUUUUGAUUCAAAACUUGGAAAAACUUGGUCUGGUUUUGCAAAUGACUCUGAUACCAUGACUAAUGUCAGUAAUGUUAAUGAAAACUUCAGACCUCAAUCAAGAAUACUGAAAAAACAAUCUUCAGAAAUUUUUGCCAAGAAAAGACAAGAAAGAGACACACCUUUGAAAUCAGUUGGUAAAGACACAUCAUUAGUAAUACCAAGUAAAAAUGGUAAUUCCCAAAGCUGUUUUUCACCAGAAGUUGACAAAGAAAGUUUAACAGAUGGACAUUUGCAAAUCAAGGCAAACUUAUCAACAAGGUCAUAUCCUGUGAAACACAUUUCAUCUCAUGUUAAAAGUACUGGAAUAUUUGUCUCACCAAUAAGAGAAAAGAUUAAAUUAUAUGGCAAAGGGGAUUUAAUUCUGGACUCCAAACAUGUUGACGGUGAUCGAUUUGAACCCGAGAACAAAGUUUUUCAAGAAACUAGACAAAAUUUAGAAGAAGAUGACCCAGCAGGUUCUAAGGCUAUAGUUUCUCAUCAAGCCUCAUCUGCUAAACAAGGAUCCGAUGGAGAUUUUAAUCAAUCUAGGAUGUUAAAAACAAAACAACUUUCACAUCUUAAUAAAGGAAAUGCGAUUCAACAUCCUUCUAAACGAAACGAGUGUAUGAAAAACGAAGAAUUAGUGUUUGAAGACAUAGAUGAAGAUUUUAACUGUGAUUUAGGAAAUGAAAAUGCUUAUGUGCCAUCACCAAAGUCACUCAUUCUCGCACACCCAUGUCAGCCAAUAACUUUACAACAAGCUAAGGAUUUAAAAUCGAUUAUAUUUGGUUCGUCUGCUGGCUGUUUCAAUCCCGAGUGGCGACAUCAGGGAUUUCCGUUCUGUGAUAUGAGUCGUUUAAACUAUGGAAUCAUCCAACAUAAGGGUGGACCUUGUGGUUUAUUGGCGUGUGUACAAGCUUUUGUUUUGAAACAUUUACUGUUCAAUAAAGACAUCACAGAAAGUAGAAUAGAUCUUCAUUUUACUUCAAAGGAACGGGACCAUGCUUUGUGUUGUGCUUUGGUUGAAAUACUUUGGAGAGCGGGUGGUAGUAGGAUUUCUUGCGUAGCCAUCCGUUCCAAAGAUGUCGAGUUUAUACCCAGCGUUGGAUACAAACCUGACGGUUUGACUGAGAAACUUGUCAUUCAUGAAAUCAUCGAUAAAACAGAAUUGGACCAGUUUAUUCAUUCCAAUCUUAAACAGUUUUUUAGUGACGAUGCUGGAUGUAUUUUUUUCUUGUAUUCUCUGAUACUAUCAAGAACAUCACAAAGGAUCAAAGAGGAUAUGGAUGAUGAAAAUGGUACGCUGAUGGGUGCUCAUGGAUACUGUACACAGGAAAUGGUCAAUCUUCUUUUGUUUGGUAAAGCAAGAUCGAACACAUUUGACGAUGUCAUUGAACUAGAUACUGGUGGUGAGACAAAGAAUCUUCUCAAAGGAGUGGAUGAACAAAGUGAAAUUGGACUUUUAUCAUUGUUUGAACAUUAUAAGUCAUGCAUGGUUGGCGCUAACUUGAAGUGCCCCAAAAAUCCAAUAUGGGUUGUGUGCAGUGAAAGCCAUUUCAGCGUUCUUUUCUCAAUGAAACGGAAAAUUCUUAAUGAAAGAAGAAUGCCAAAGAAGUUUGAUCUGUAUUAUUAUGAUGGUUUGGCUCGACAGACUGAGGAAAUUAGGCUGACAAUUGAUAUGCGUGGUAACGUUCGAACGAAAGAUGAAUUAGAUGAAUUAAUACCUCCACUGGAACAUUGUAUUAGAACAAAAUGGAAAAAUGCACACGUCGACUGGAAUGAAACAGAACCAUUACUGUGAAUGUCGACAUCUUCAUCUUUAAGAUAAGUCAUCUUAUUAUGAUCAAAAUCUCUAUCUUUAAAAUAUUUGAUCUUAUUGUAAAUAUCGACUUCUGUAUCUCAAAGAUAAGUUGUCGUAUUGUUAUGGACGUUUCUAUCCAUAAGAUAUCUCAUCCUGGCGAAUGUUGAACAGCGUGUUUUUAAAACAUCAAUUUUAACAUUUAUAAUUCAAAAUACUUGAUAAUUUUCUCUCACAAACACAUCAAAAAGCCUUUGGUACUUGCAUUUAAUGGCAGUACAAAUGAAUGGAGAAUUUUAUUAUUCAAACAAAAAUGUGCAAAAAUCAUCACUUUACAUGAAGUACCAGCAGUGGGCAACGGGUCGUGCAACUUUAAGACAGGUGAAAGUGUAGGAAGAAAUAUAUUUCAUAAAUUUCUUCUUUUUCUUUUGCGUGAAAUUUCGUUGCAUUCCAUUCGAUAUUUUUAAGAUAUAUCCUUAAGUCUAUAGUUUACUUCAAUGUAUUAAUUCUGUGGAACAAAUUGUGUUUCAUGUUGUUAAGUUUCUAUAAGAAUCAUUGGACCAUGAGUAAUAAUACGGAAAGAUUCUCUCAAGCAUUACAAGAUGAUCUAAUGCUUGAAGAUUCCGCCAUUCUACAGCACAGACAUUAUUUUUGAAAACAUCUGUAGAACGUCGCUAUUUACACUUAUUUUCUGUUCCUCUAAACAUUUAUCCUCAAAAUGGAAGAACAGUUUUUAAGUCGUAGUUCAAACGUCGACGAUUUUCUAUCUCAUCAUGGAACAGGGAAUGCAAAAUCUAAAUUGAAAUAUUCUUCACCCAAGACGACUUUGGCUUUCAAAGAUAUACAAACUGUGAAAGAAACUGUAAAUUUACCUGACUUAAAUGUUUGUGAGCUAUCAAGUCCUGAAUUAGAGAGAUUAAUUGUUGGUCAAACGAUCAAUUUUAAUCAAACAACAACGUUGGGAAUGAGUAAAGUUGUGACAAACAGUAUUUCUGACUUAUGCUCAAUUACUGAUCUCGCAUCUCCUGACCUAGAAAAUUUCUUUUCAAAUUUUAACGAUAAAGAAAUGUUGAGCAUCAAUGGAAGUAAAGAAAGCAGUGUUGGAAAGCAACACGAAGCUUAUGCACAUACAUUUUCUAUUGGCAAAAUACAAGAUAAAAACGGCAACGAUAUUCGUACGGAAGAUGUUGAUUUGGAAAACCUGAAAGAAAAGAAAACAUUGUGUUUUGAAACACUCUUUAUCUUCAGGGGUGCGUUGAUAAAAAGAAGCGUCUAUACGGACAAAACAUGCAAAAAAUAAUGAGUUAAGUGUCAUGUCAAGUCAAAGAAAUGACAUGGGUUAUGAAUAUUCUAAAAUUUUACAAAAAUGUCAUAAUAUAAAAAAGAAAGAAGAAAAGAAAGACAUGAUUUGCCUUACAAAAUUAAAAUGAAUUCAGAUGGAACUUAUUUGCGCGAGUUUGAAUUUUCCAUCGAAGAAAAAAAUAGAGGCACGAUCCCUGUAGACAAUUUCAAUACGAGAUCUUCUGGUCGUAAGAAACAGAAACUUUAUACUUAUAAAAACAUAAACAAUCAAUAUUCGAAUAAUCACGAUACUCGUCAAUAUAAUGUUGAUUCUAUUCCAAGUAAUCAUUGUCCAGUUGCAAAUGAAGAACAAGUAACUCCAAGUAAUUCCAAUUUGUUUGAAAGUUAUGAAGUUCGUCAUCAUACGACCGAAAUCCCUAUGGAAAUGAUCUUUUGUCUAUAAUUAAUGGUCAAAGUUAUUCUCAAGAUAAUUUAAAUAUUCAACUAAACAAACGUUUUCAAUCUGACGAAAAUUUAAGCGAAAGCUCUUAUCAAGAACGUGCAGACCUACUUUGUAAUCCACAAAUGCUCCCCAUUAACACAGACCUACUUUGUAAUCCACAAGUGUUCCCUAUUAACAUGCAUUUUCAGGAAAUUGCUAAACGUGAGAGAAAAAAGCAAAAGAACAGAGUAGCGGCAUCCAAAUGUCGAAAGAAAAAGCUGGAACGAGAAGCAACCCUCGAAGUACGGCUAAAAGAAUUGAAAACAAGAAAUAUGAAACUGAUUAACAUUACUAACAUUUUAAAACAACAGCUGAAUGACCUUAAGAAAAAUUUAAUGGAACAUAUUGUCUUUGGCUGUAUGAUGAAACCUUAUCCUUAGAGAAACGAUCUAUCGUAUAUUUUGAUGUUCUUGUAUGUAGAAAAUAUGAUUAUAUUAAUUUGUAAUUUGUUGUAUAUUAAAUGUUUAAAAUAAGCGA